AUGGGGACAAGAGAGGUAUAUGAGGAAAAGCUAAGGAAUGGAAAUCUACACCACGAUCCAACCAUUAACCCUGGCUUAGGUUCCGUUCGUUGUCCUCGUUGCCUCUCUCUCUUAAACCCUGAUUCCGACAAAGCUGGAUGGAUAAUUACUUCAGUUUUGGAGGAUACCACUACAGUGGUUGGCUCUGGUAUCGGGGGAAUGCUGAGUGCAGUACAUGGAUUUAAUACUGGGAUCCCUUUCCUUCAGAAUCACAUCAAGGGACCUAAGUGGCUCCCUUUUGUAACUGAGUACGAGUUUGUAGGUUAUGCACUUCCAAAGUUUGCUCAGCUCACCGUCACUUCCUAUUAUGCUCCCUCUAGUGCCUCGCAUUAUGGAAUUUCACUCCUCACGCGAUACAUUGAAGAUGCAUAUGCAUAUGCUAAGAUGAAUCUUUAACCAUGCAUUUACUCAAGAUUCUACUUUCAUCAGUUCUGAAAUAGCAAUAUGAUGCCUAUGUGUAUAGAACUUUUGGAUGAAUCUGCUUUUUCCUUUUUAAUUAAUUUCUUUCUGAUUUUUACAUUUGUGUUCUUCUAAAAUUAAUAUAUAAUAUAGUAAUAUUCAUACA